AUGUUCUGUUCCUUCAACGACUGUCUUUUCGCUUUCGUUUACUCCUGUGUCACCCUUAGAAAUCUUUCUUAUAUCCGGGUUUCUCUUAUAUCCGGGUUACAAUAUAUAUAUAUAUAUAUAUAUAUACACACAUACACAUUCUCUCUCUCUCUCACUCUCACUCUCUCUCUCUCCUCUUCUCUCUCUCUCUCUCUCUCCUCUUUAUCUCUCUCACUCUUUAUCUCUCUCACUCUUUAUCUCUCUCACUCUUUAUCUCUCUCACUCUUUAUCUCUCUCACUCUUUAUCUCUCUCACUCUUUAUCUCUCUCACUCUUUAUCUCUCUCACUCUUUAUCUCUCUCCUCUCUCUCACUCUCUCUCUAUCUCUCUCUAUCUCUCUCUAUCUCUCUCUAUCUCUCUCUAUCUCUCUAUAUCUCUCUCAGAUGAAUUUUUUGAAAAUUUUCUUCGGUUUGAUCCCGCUGCUUUCCGGCCGGGCAGUCUUCGGUUUGAUCCCGCUGCUUUCCGGCCGGGCAGUCUUCGGUUUGAUCCGCUGCUUUCCGGCCGGGCAGUCUUCGGUUUGAUCCCGCUGCUUUCCGGCCGGGCAGUCUUCGGUUUGAUCCCGCUUUCCGGCCGGGCAGUCUUCGGUUUGAUCCCGCUGCUUUCCGGCCGGGCAGUCUUCGGUUUGAUCCCGCUGCUUUCCGGCCGGGCAGUCUUCGGUUUGAUCCCGCUGCUUUCCGGCCGGGCAGUCUUCGGUUUGAUCCCGCUGCUUUCCGGCCGGGCAGUCUUCGGUUUGAUCCCGCUGCUUUCCGGCCGGGCAGCAACUUUGCUCUCUUUCGGCUUUCCUAGGCAACUUUGCUCUCUUUCGGCUUUCCAGGCAACUUUGCUCUCUUUCGGCUUUCCAGGCAACUUUGCUCUCUUUCGGCUUUCCAGGCAACUUUUCUCUUUCGGCUUUCCAGGCAACUUUGCUCUCUUUCGGCUUUCCAGGCAACUUUGCUCUCUUUCGGCUUUCAGGCAACUUUGCUCUCUUUCGGCUUUCCAGGCAACUUUGCUCUCUUUCGGCUUUCCAGGCAACUUUGCUCUCUUUCGGCUUUCCAGGCAACUUUGCUCUCUUUCGGCUUUCCAGGCAACUUUGCUCUCUUUCGGCUUUCCAGGCAACUUUGCUCUCUUUCGGCUUUCCAGGCAACUUUGCUCUGCAAAAAUUUCCCGAACGGCGGACAGCGAGCUGGUUAUCGCGCCAGUUCCCGAACGGCGGACAGCGAGCUGGUUAUCGCGCCAGUUUCCGAACGGCGGACAGCGAGCUGGUUAUCGCGCCAGUUUCCGAACGGCGGACAGCGAGCUGGUUAUCGCGCCAGUUCCCGAACGGCGGACAGCGAGCUGGUUAUCGCGCCAGUUCCCGAACGGCGGACAGCGAGCUGGUUAUCGCGCCAGUUCCCGAACGGCGGACAGCGAGCUGGUUAUCGCGCCAGUUCCCGAACGGCGGACAGCGAGCUGGUUAUCGCGCCAGUUCCCGAACGGCGGACAGCGAGCUGGUUAUCGCGCCAGUUCCCGAACGGCGGACAGCGAGCUGGUUAUCGCGCCAGUUCCCGAACGGCGGACAGCGAGCUGGUUAUCGCGCCAGUUCCCGAACGGCGGACAGCGAGCUGGUUAUCGCGCCAGUUCCCGAACGGCGGACAGCGAGCUGGUUAUCGCGCCAGUUCCCGAACGGCGGACAGCGAGCUGGUUAUCGCGCCAGUUCCCGAACGGCGGACAGCGAGCUGGUCGCGCCAGUUCCCGAACGGCGGACAGCGAGCUGGUUAUCGCGCCAGUUCCCGAACGGCGGACAGCGAGCUGGUUAUCGCGCCAGUUUCCGAACGGCGGACAGCGAGCUGGUUAUCGCGCCAGUUUCCGAACGGCGGACAGCGAGCUGGUUAUCGCGCCAGUUCCCGAACGGCGGACACCGUUUCAGUUAACAAGUGGCCCUUCUGGGUGUAGUUCUGCUCCUCUGCUCGGAGAUGUGGGAAAAAGAAUAAAAACAUCAACCAAACUUGAUGUCAAUCUAUUGAAACUCUUUUUUUCUUCUUCCAUUUCUUUCUCUCUUUCUCUCUUUGUCUCUUUCUCUCUUUGUCUCUUUCUCUCUUUGUCUCUCUCUCUCUUUGUCUCUCUCUCUCUUUGUCUCUCUCUCUCUUUGUCUCUCUCUCUCUUUGUCUCUCUCUCUCUUUGUCUCUCUCUCUCUUUGUCUCUCUCUCUCUUUGUCUCUCUCUCUCUUUGUCUCUCUCUCUCUUUUUUUCUCUCUCUCUCUCUCUUUUUCUCUCUCUCUCUCUCUCUCUUUUUUCUCUCUCUCUUUUUUUUUUCUCUCUCUCUCUUUCUUUUUUCUCUCUCUCUCUUUUUCUCUCUUUUCUCUCUCUCUUUUUUUUCUCUCUCUCUCUUUUUUCUCUUUUUUUCUCUUUUUUUUUCUCUUUUUUUUUCUCUCUCUUUUUUUUUCUCUUUUUUUUUUUUUCUUUUUUCUUUUUUUCUCUCUUUUUUUUUUCUUUUUUUUUUUUCUCUCUCUUUUUUACCGUUUCGUUUGCUCACCGCCCUUUUCUCUCAUUCGGACGAAAAAUAA